GGCAGCUGAGAAGGACUGUGAAAUCACCUCCCCUUUCUUGGACUGUCGAUCAGAGCGAGAGUUGUACAUUAUUAUUAUUGUUUUUCUUUCUGCGUCUAUCUGUCCACAUACACAGGCAGAGAAAGAGACAAGUACUGACAGUGAAACUCGACGAGACCAGCCAUGGUAGCAAGGGCUCAGCCUGAUCGGAAACAAUUACCGCUGGUCCUACUGAGAUUGCUUUGCCUUCUCCCUACAGGGCUGCCAGUCCGCAGCGUGGAUUUUACCCGAGGUACCGAUAACAUCACCGUGAGGCAAGGGGACACAGCCAUCCUCAGGUGUUAUGUAGAAGACAGAAGCUCCAAGGUGGCUUGGUUAAAUCGUUCCGGCAUCAUUUUUGCUGGAGAGGACAAGUGGUCCCUGGACCCUCGAGUAGAGCUGGAGAAGAGAAACCCCCUGGAAUACAGCCUGCGGAUCCAGAAAGUGGAUGUCUACGAUGAGGGGUCCUAUACGUGUUCAGUGCAGACACAGCAUCAUCCCAAGACUUCCCAGGUUUACCUGAUCGUGCAAGUUCCACCAAAGAUCUCCAAUAUCUCCUCGGACAUCACCGUAAAUGAGGGCAGCAAUGUGACCCUGGUUUGCAUGGCAAAUGGGCGUCCUGAGCCUGUCAUCACCUGGAGGCACCUCACUCCUACAGGCAGAGAGUUUGAAGGUGAGGAGGAGUACCUGGAGAUCCUGGGGAUCACGCGAGAGCAGUCGGGCAAGUACGAGUGCAAAGCUGCCAACGAAGUUGCCUCAGCGGACGUCAAGCAAGUCCGGGUCACUGUGAAUUACCCUCCCACCAUCACAGAGUCCAAGAGCAAUGAAGCGGCCACGGGACGACAAGCCUUACUGCGGUGCGAGGCGUCAGCAGUGCCCACGCCUGAUUUCGAGUGGUACAGAGAUGAUACCAGGAUAAACAGCGCCAAUGGUCUGGAGAUAAAGAGCACGGGGAGCCAGUCUCUGCUGAUGGUGGCCAAUGUCACUGAGGAGCACUACGGGAACUACACCUGUGUGGCUGCCAACAAGCUGGGAGUCACAAAUGCCAGCCUAUACCUUUACAGACCCGGCACAGGGAGAGUAGACAACGGCUCCAUGAGUUUGGCCGUCCCACUGUGGCUUCUGGCAGCGUCCCUGCUCUGCCUACUCAGCAAAUGUUAAUACAAAUCAGAAUUAAAAUAAUAAUAUUAAUAAUAAUUAAAAAACAACACGACAACAACAACAACACACAAAACAAAACGCGUUAUACAGGAGACAGAGCGAAGAGAGGGGAGAGAGAAAAAAGAGGGGGGGAGAGAGAGAGACGACUGUUUCUUUCACAACUUUUGUGUGUUCAGGAGCGAAGAGGGGGGAGAGGAAAAAUUACAGCAAAGAAGACUCAGCAACAUUUAAUCCAAAACCUGAAAAGCCAGCUGUCAAGUCAUCGACUGCCUAGGAGGCAACACGAAGCAAGGGAGAGAAUGGGGCACCAGCAAGGAUCGUGUCGCCAGAGGAUGCUGCAAUGUAAACAAUCCAACAAAACCUGCAAAGCCAAUCAAAAAGAAGAUCCCUUUUCUUUUCUCUCCCCCUUCCUCUUUUCCAUACUCCCUCACUUUCCUUCCUUCCUUCCUCCUCUUUCUUUCUUUUGCAGAAAGAGGUCUUUGCUUCGGUGUCUAUAGCCAUUUAACUUUUUGGAUGCCCUGGGUCAUUUUUGUGAGCUAAUGCUCAACCAGUUCAUACUUUUAAAAACAAAUUU